UAGCAAUAAAUAUAUUAUGAAAUAUAAUUGAUUAUGUUGUUAAAUUUCUUAAUUACCUAUCAGACUUUACUUUUGGCAAUUGUCAACCUAGGCUGGCCGGCCACCAUUAGCGAAGCCGUUCUAUGUUGCCGUCGGCUUUCAGUCUUAUAGUCGAUGUUGUAGAAGAAGAUACAAUUAUGAAAGUAUUUUAUAACAGUGUUUUGCUAUCUACUCUUGCGAAGAGUCUCCUCCCAAGGUGCACCAAAAAGAUCGUCCUACUGCUGGCAUUCAUUUUGUCUCGUAAAUUGAAAAGUAUAAUUUGAACUGGAACUUCUAUAAUUAUAACGAGUUAGCUAAAGAAUUGUUUAUUCUAUUUACAUUAUUUUAUGAUAGGUAUUUAUUUUCGAAAGUACCAGUGCGUUUAGUUAUCAACUUGUUAAAAAAAAGUUACUUUGACAUUAAACUGCAACAGAGGGCAACACUGCCAAAAUAUCUGUCAAAAUCUAGCCACAGUCGAUGUGUUUGUAAUUAUUUAUAAACGAGAAUUUGUUGUGAAAAAAUCUGUAGCAACCGUAAAUAAUCACAUAAAAUUAUCUUUAAAAUGUGACCGAUAGACUUAUCUAAGUAAAAUACAUUUCUAGUUACGCUUAUUAUUAAAAAUGAGUACACAGAAAAGCAAAGGGCCUUUAAUUGAUCCUGGUCUGUGUAGAUGCUGCGGAAAUAUUAAGAAAUGUCGUGUUUUGAAUUUCGAAUAUGAAAGUUUUGGACAAAAAGAGGUUUAUUCAGAAAUGAUUAUGGACAGUUUCGGGUUAUUGUUAUCACAUCUCGACGGACCGAUCUCGGAGAGACUAGUGUGCGCCACCUGCGUCACUCGGAUACGCGAUGCCAUCAGCUUCCGAAGACAAGUGCUGACAUGUGAGGAGUCCUUCCUGAAGAUGAAGAUAUUUGAUGCCAACUGUGAUGACUCGACAGAAACUCAACUAGAUGAUGUUCAAAUGGAAUGCCUGCCGAAGAUCGAAGUGGAAAUCAUAAAGAAUGAGCCGUUAGACACCAGCGCUGACGGCGAGGAGGACCAAACAGAUGGGAUAGACGACACUGCAGAUGCCCUCGCCGACGCACCAGACUAUGAUAACAAAGUAGAAGACAUGGACCAAGACUCAAACGACGAUCUCCCGCUAAAACACAUAACGGAAGCUAAAACAAAACAACCGCCCAUAGACGAGGAACAAUUGAAACCGGAAAUACGUGUCUCUACACCAGUACCGCCAGUCAUAGUCAAAAAGAAACUCCCGAUGUCGAAAGUACAACAGCUGAUAAGAGAAAGAGACCCAACAUAUAUGACAGAGACAAACAUACUGACAAUAGUCGAAUACUCCUUCGUUUGCCCCUUCAAGUGUCGACACAACCACCUCCUCUGCUACUACUGUGGCCAAUCCUUCUCUGACCCAGCAUUACUAAGAGAUCACACGCUAAGGGCACACCAUCCAAAAAAAUUCAAAAUCACCGAACACAAAAACAUGAUAAAAAUUGAUUUAACGAGAAUCGAUUGUCGAUUAUGCGGAACAAAAAUCGAUAAUUUAGACGAUUUUAAAAGGCACGUCACUAGCGAACAUAAAAAGAAGUAUUAUUUCGAUUUUAAGGACUCGGUGUUGCCGUUUCGUUUGACUAGGGAUGAGUCGAAGUGCGCAAUUUGUGAUGUCAUAUUCCCUUAUUUUCAUGCUUUAAAUAAACAUAUGAAUGUACAUUUUAGUAAUUAUGUUUGUGAGACUUGUGGACUGGGUUUCGUAGAUAAGGGUCGUUUUGUCAUGCACCAACAGCGUCACGAGGCCGGCGACUUCCCCUGCCCUGACUGCGGCAAGGUCUUCAAAGCGCUUUACAACCGGGACCUGCAUAUAGACAGGGUGCAUCGUAAGCGGGGCAGGGUCUACUGCCCCAAGUGUGAUGUCAAACUCAUGUCGUACCCGCAGAAGUUGAAGCAUCUGGUCGAGGUACACGGUGAAGAACCAUUAAGUUUCCCGUGCGACAUGUGUGACAAAAUAUUCGAAACGCGACGGACUUUCACUAUACACAAACGGAAAGAUCAUCUCAAGGAUUAUAGGUACGAAUGCCAAUGCUGCGGCCAAAAGUUCUUCACACGUUUCGCUCUUAACAACCACAUGCCAACACACACCGGCGAAAGAAACUUCAAAUGUAAAGUCUGCGAGAAGUGCUACCCGCGCCUGAAAACUCUGAAAGACCAUAUGCGAAUACACACGAACGAUAGACGAUAUAGGUGCCAUGUGUGUGGACAGGCCUUUAUACAGAACUGCAGUCUAAAAGGGCAUAUGAAGAGCCAACAUCCGGAAUAUGAAAUGCGGAUGUAGGAUGUGAAGGGCGGAUGUCGAAAUCCGUGUUUAGAAACAUGUUGCUUAAAUCCGGAAUAUGAAAUACGGAUGUAGGAUGUGAAACGCGGAUGUUAAGAUCCGAAAUUUGAAACAUGUUGCCUAUAAAUCAUGAAUAUGAAGUACGGGUGUAGGUUAUGGAGGGUGGAUGUUAAGAUCCGUGUUCGGAAAUAUUACAGUAUCAACAAAUUGCACACAACGCCAUCUAGUCUCAAACUAAGCAAAGCUUGUAUUAUGAGUACUAGACAACUGAUAAACAUAAGAACUACAUACAUAAUAUCUAUGUGAUGUAGGCAAAUCAAACCGAGACAUAAAAAAAAUGACCGUAGAAAUUGGCACGAGAAAGGGGAGGCCUAUGCCCAGCAGUGGGAGGACUAAAG